CGGUUUCAUUCUGAAUAUUCAACAGUGGAUUCUGCCGCUCGAGGAAUGAUGAGUGUUCCCGGAAACCCACACAACCGUGGUUUGAUCGAAUGUUCAUACCGUUAUCCAGCAGAGGUUAUGAAGGAACUUAAAAAUGUACAAGCAACAUACAGAAACCUCUCUGUAUGUUUUGACUAUUAUCGUGAUGGAACUGGAGUUAAAAAUAAGCUUGUUAAUUUGAAUGGCAAUAUUCCUGUGCCAUGCAGAGGCUUAAUUUAUAAUGUUCCAAUAAGCAUUUGGUUGCACAACACGCACCCCCAGUUUCCACCAAAAUUUUUUGUGAAGGGGUUACCAAUAGGGUGCCAAAACCCUGGAAUCCAUAUGGAUAACACCGGCAUGGUGUCUUCGAAUUAUUUAAGGAACUGGAAAUACCCGACAUCACAUUUGGUGGGCCUUAUUGAAGACAUAAGAACAUCAUUUAUGAACUGCUUAAAUAAUCCAACACAGAUUGCUCUUUCGCAAGCACGCCAUUCCCCCAACUCUCUUGCUGUGCCUCCUCAGCCAAGCAUUCUACAUUCCACUGAAAAUAGUUGGCAGAGUCUCCAGAAUAUUCCUCAGCCUUUGAAUUCUGGUUGUUUCCUGCCUGCCUAUUCAAAUGUAUGGUCCCUUGGUUACCAACAUGAGGGCAGUGGUUAUUCUGUGUCUCCUGCAAGGACUUCUCCAAGCCUGUUACCUUCCAGAUCUUUGCGUGAAGCUGUCAAGGGAAAAUCUGAUCAUGCGGUGAAGAAAAAGAUGGAUUCUGUAGAACAAACUGUAGAUCUCUUUAAAGACUUGCAUUUGGACAAAGUGCUUAAUGCGUUUAACUUGGCGACAUCUUCCAAAAACAAACAAGGUGUGGCUGAUGUUUCUGAUUGGAUUGAAUCAGAAGAUGCAAAACCUUUGAGUUUACGGGAUGCUCAAAAUUCAAGCACUUAUAAAGAUAAACGGAGAGUGCACGUGUUCAACAUUCCUGUUGAAUUUCCAUGCCACAGGAUGAAAGAUAAGCUUACCAUAUUUUUCCAAAGAGCUAUAAACGGUGGCGGGGAAAUAGUUGAUUUUCAGUAUCCAACUAAAAUUCCGGGGAAUGCUGUUAUCACAUUUGAUGAUGCCAAAGUUGCAGAAAGAGUUGCCCAACAGGAACGUUGUGUGAUCACCAUUAGUAAUAAAAACUUCCCCAUAAAGUUGAAGUUGUGUGAUGAGAAAGAUGACGUGUUAGCUAAAGAUGACAUUGGAGCUAAAAUUCUUCCUAUGGAUAUGGUGCAUUCGCGUGAAACUUGGGUAGAAUUGUCAUCGAUUCCUGUUGAUCUGCCGAGGGACAAAUCGAUAAUUUUCAAGAGAUUACUGAGCCUUCAAGACCAGAAUUUCAGUGCUGAGGAUGUGAUGGAAGUUGUGCAGUCUGGUUUAAAUUAUGAAUCAGCUUUGCGGUAUCUUUCUCAUGAGUGUCCCAUUUGCAGCGAUCAUGUAUCUUUUAGCAAGAUUGUCACAAUGACGCACUGUAGCUGUUCGUUCUGUAAAGACUGUUUUAAGAACUAUUUUUCAUCAGUCAUAAAGGAGAAAAAUAUUGUGAACAUGGUUUGCCCAAUGUGCAGUACACCUGAUCUGAAAACCCACCAGCUCCAAGAGGAUAACAUGGAAUACUUCAAUUUAUUGGAUAUUCAGAUUCGCCACUAUCUUGAUGAAGAAAUUCAUGAGUUGUUUCAAAGAAAGCUUCGAGACCGAACUCUGAUGGAAAUGCCAAACUUCAGAUGGUGUGCACAUUGUUCCUUUGGACUGUUGCAUGAGAUGGAUAGAUUGAGAAUGGAUUGCCCUUCCUGUAAAAAAAGCACAUGCUUCCAGUGCAAGAUUCCGUGGGAGCAACAGCAUGAAGGAAUCAGCUGUGAAAAAUUUAAGUUAUGGAAGCAGCAGAAUAAUCCUGAGUAUCAGGCGAGCAAAUUAGACAUCUACCUCUGCAAGAAUGGAAUAGAGUGCCCUAAUUGCAGAGUUCGAUUUGAUCUGGCCAGAGGAGGGUGUAUGCAUUUUAAUUGCACCGAAUGUCAUUAUGACUUCUGUGGUGGCUGUAAGAGACCCUUUAAAUUAGGAUCGGCUUGUGUGUUCAUGAGUAACUGCCAUACUAAGGGUUUGCAUGCACAUCAUCCCCGGGACUGCUUCUAUCACCUUAGAGACUGGAGUGUGGAACGGCUGCAGCAACUAUUACACAGAGCUGGUAUUUCCUUGACUGCCCUUGGAACAGAUAACAGUCUAGGACAGGUAGAAGGUAAAUGCAAAGUUAUGGAGCAGAGAGAAACCUCACAUGGUCUGAAAGAUGAUCAGUGUGGACACAGUUCAGUUAAAGGCUACUUGGGCUUUUGCAAAAUCCAUUUUAAACAGUUUUUGGUGGAAAUCAUUAAUAAAAAUUCUUUGGACCCAGCUGUACUGUACAGCAAAGAGGAAAUGUUAAUGGAACUACAACGCUGGGGAGUUGCUAUCCCUAACCAACAUAUGAAUGAACUAGAAGAACAAUUUACACAAAGACUAAGAAAUAAAAUAUUGAAUGAACUAAAGCUAGACAAUCAACAAACUGUUUUCAACAAGAAUUCAGGUUCAUUUGCUUCUAUCAGUCAGAUGUCUGAUGAGAAGUAGCUAUAUCCAAGUAGACACAGAGAUUGUAAACAAAAACAAUGAACAUUUACAGCACAGAAGGAGGCCAUUCAGCCGAUUGUGUCUGUGCCAGCAACCUACUGUGAAAAUGCUGUAUAUCAAGAUGUCUUGUUAAGAUUGCAUUAACUUUUAUUUAUUUUAGUUAUCACGUGUCAAUUAUGUUUAAACAGUAAUUGAUUUCAUGUGGCAUUGCUCGCAGUCAAAUGUUUCAUAGAAAUAUAGAAAGAUUUGUGGCAAGAUUUGGCCCAUCAUGCCCAUGGCAGCCAAAAAUGAGCAAUGCGAUCUAAUCCUACUUUGCAGUUCUUGGUCUUUAGCCCUGUAGGUUACAAUGCCUCAAGUACUUAUCCAGAUGCUUCCAUUAAAUGUGAUGAGGGUUUCUGCCUCUAGCACAUUCUCAGGCAUCGAGACCACAGCACUCUCUAGGUGGGGCAAAAAAAAGUCUUACCUAGAGAAAAAGAAUGGAGAAGCCAGUUUGGAUCAGGAAUCAGUUUAGGGCUGUGUGUGUAAGAGAAAAAUUGGGAUUUGGCAUAUAGCUGGGCUUGAGUAUGGCAGUGACUUCAGCUGCAGGAGCAGAGCCUGCAUAGGUGGCCUGUGCAAAUGUGUUAAAGCAUCAGAGCAAUGUCAGUGCAGUAAUUGAUUCCGGAGAUAUAUUUUUCAGUAAACUAUAAUCGAUCUUCCAUCUGAAAGAAGGAAGCUCGGGGAAUAUGGCAGAACUCAGUCGCAGCCCUCAACAUGUUUUGCACACAUCUUUAAAGAAAUGGGGAAAUUUAAUAUUUUUGUUUAUCAUGCAAUUUUUAGAAUUAUAAUUUUAAAAGACAAGAGCAGCUAUUUGCCUGCAUUACAAUAAGUAACCAUGAAAUUAAUUUUCCAAAUAAGGACAAAAAUUACAAGGCUCUACUGCCAUUGCAAGGCCUCACCAUGCACAUAUCUGUAAUGGAGUUGGGGUUACAACACUAUAGAUUCAAUUCUUCAUUUUAUACUCCUCCAAUGAGGUCCUUGACAAUAAAUCUGUUUCUGUUCAUUGUUGCUUUGGAUCAAAUCCCCUAUGCUAAAUUUACAAUCAGGAUUAAUUUGCAUCCUGCUUAUACGUAAAUCAUACAGCUGCCAUGUGACCUCAGAGCAUGGGAAGAUUUCCAACUCGCUGCUUGAGUGAUUUUGCACAGUGUUACUAUUUAUUUGUCUUAGUGACAUAUUUCUUAUUCCAUUUAACUAUAGAUUUUAUAUUUUUGUAUGUUGGAAGUUGUUUUUGUUCUGCUAUAGACUGUUUAUCUCUUGAUCAUAACCUCUGGAUGAUGUUUAAAAAAUAAGUUUUAAUAUUUUUAUCCCAGUGUUCCUUCUAUCCCAGAGUUGCCCACAAUACACAAUGUUGAUCAUAUUCAACCUCCAAAAUCUAGUAACUUUGUUCUAUUUUCAUUUAUAUUUUUUAUUAGUUUAUCUUGUUUAAAUUGUGUGAGUGGGGCUGGUGGUUAGCCUCAUUAGUACAGUAAGUCCUCACUUAAAGUUGUGGUUGUGUUCCUGAAAAUCAUGACUUUAAGUGAAACAUUGGUUCCCAAAGUAAUCAAUGUUAAAACUGUAGUUGGGUUCUGUAGGACCUUUCUUAUCAGAAAAAAUAAUUUUAUAGUAUUUUACCCUAUAAGUUGCAACAUUUUACAUUGCUAAAUUACUACAUUGGUAAAUUAAAAUUACUUUUAUAUUUUUAAACUUA